UUUACCAGCUCAUAUUUAUAUGUAUUUUGAAUUUUUAAUGAUUUCGAAUGUCUAGUAUAUUUUGGGUACCGUAUCCUUUAACCAGGCCAUAGUUGAUUACUUGUCCAUAUAUUUUUAGCUGUACAGAGCAAAUCAAUGUUGGGCACCCACCCCACCAGUAAUGAUGUUGUUUGUUGCUGAGCUAAUCAGCAUCAUCUACCGUAGCAAACAAACAUAAAGCAAAACAGAUAGAAGAGUAAUAAAAAAAGAUCAUGUGUGUGUGAUGUGACUGUUGGAUCAAAGAGUUGAUGAUCUGAAAGACGAAAUACCUCUGUGUCUACUGAUAUUUUAGUAAAUUUGUGGUUUUCCAAAACAGAAACAGUAAGUAGUCUGACCCCUGAAAGGUGGGUUGUUUCCAUCAGAUGGAAUAUUUUGGGUUGGCACACACUUGGGAAUGUACCAGAAAACAGUGACAUUUCACCCAUUAAUUGAAUUCCCUAUGAAAGUUUGCAUUUUUUUUUCUGUUAGUUGAAUGGAAUAUAUAGGCACUACAUCAGUUACCCUACAUAUAUCUAGAUCUGUCACUCUUCGAUCUUGUGCAGCUAAGCCUAGCUAGGCUUUAGCUCAGGCUCUCAGAUCCAUCUCGGCAAGCUCUCCAACUGAAUGUGAUGAAGAAGAUGAAUUUGCUGCUAAGGAAGUGCAAGAGUCUUUCCAGGCAGCUGGGAAGAACUUCUUCCUACAGUAGCCUGAGGUCCAGGUCUACAAGAGAUGAAGACAUGCUUGCUGCAGAAGAUACUAACAGUGGUGAUAAUCAUGAAGAAUGUGAGAAGACGGUUGUGGUGGGGAGUUCAAGGCGGCGCUACCACAUAAGUUCCAAGCACUUAAGCCAUCCAUUGAUGAACGCUCUGAUUCAGAAGUCGAAGCAGCAGCAGAAGAAGAAGAAGAAGAAGAAGAAUGAGGAAGAUGAUGAUGAUGAUCUGUCAGUGAAGUGCGAGGUUGUGCUGUUUGACCACCUUCUCUGGAUGCUUGAAAAUGCAUAUGAUGAAGAUGAUGAUGGAUCUUUGGAGGAACUCGCUGAUCUCUAUGUGGUUUAACGUAGGAUGGAUGGAUUUAAAAUCCCAAAUUCCCUCGCCUUAAUUGCUUCUGAUCCCUUACUCCUUGGACCAAAAGUAUAGAUUUCGCCCCUAUGCUAAUUUUUUUUUUUCUUUCAAUUUUGUCUCAUGUGUUUCUUCUCUGAAAAUGUCAAUAAUUUGGUAUAAUAAUUUCAUUUAAUUUAAUCGUUUAAGUUGUGUC